AUGUCGUCUAAUGCUAGCUUCCCUUUCUUCUCACCCAGCGAUUUUCCUGCUGAUCUUUUACAAAAUAAUUCCGACAGUGAACAGUUAUUGUACAGUGACUGGACGGAAAUAGUACCAACAUUCGUGCCCGACAACUAUUAUCUCCAGCAAGAUCAUGGAUAUGAAUUCGGCACGAUGUCCCCCCAAACAAACCAAGUGCAGCCACAACAAACACAGAAUCAGCUGUAUACGUAUCCAUCGUCUAACGACAAUUCGUACCAAUCACAUGACAAUCAGUUGUAUAUGCAGCCAUCCCCUCCUGAGUCAUUUCACAAUGGGACAUUUGAUAACCAGUUGUAUAUGAUGCCGCAACAACAUUCGAUGCAGUCACGUCACAUGCAAAGUAUUGGAAGUCAGGUACUCGCACAGCCGUUCCAGCACCAAGAAGAGCGCCACUCGCAACAUCUACAAACAUUAUCAGAUACUCUGACUUCUGGAAACGUAAGCGAUUCUAGCAAUGCGGAAUCGCCUACUUUUCCAGGAGUCAGAGAGGUAAGCGGAGACAUGUUUCUGGAAGAUCCAGUUAUGCUCCGCCAUACAUGUAUACCAGUCGAAAGAACUAAGGACAAAGCCGAUAGGCUUUCCUACGAGUGUCUACAGCAAGUGCGCGGGAACCCUGAAGCGACUCUGCAUCCAACAAUAAACCAUUGGCUUACAGUUUUCGACAAAAUCGAAACUAUGACUUGGGGAGGUAAUGCCGAGAAGAGGAAUGCCGUGAUGGCGCAUUAUAUGAAGAAAAAUGGUUAUGAAAGCAGACGACACGCUUACAAUAGAGCUGUCAACAGAACAGUGCGGGAAGUUACGAUGACAAAUGUCCCUGAGGUGCUGCGUAACCUGCCGGAUGGAAGCACGUUCUUGCAAGUGCAAGAACCAAGUCUGCAUAUCUAUAUGUCGCAGACUAUCAUCAGGCGUGCUGUUUCGCACGAUCUUUUCGCGCUCGUUGGAGAUGGCAUCCACAAGAUUAAUCCUCGAAGUCGACGUGGAGCAGUACGCGUGGACGGGGGGCAAGUGUAUACGGUGCAUGGGAUUUGCCGAGGGGGAUUCGAGGUGCCGCUGCUCUUUGCGGUCACAAAGAACAAACGCGAAGAAGAUUAUGUCAUCAUAUUCAACAAGUUGAAAGCCGCGAUGGAAGAGGCGAUAGAAGGAUUGAGUCUGACGGAACCACGACUAAGAGUCGUCCUGGAUUUCGAACAGGCUGCGAUCAAUGCCGCAAAGAGAUUUUCAAAUGCCUCCGUGGAAGGAUGCGCAUGGCAUCUAAGCCAGGCGUGGGUGAGGAGACGGAAUACCCUUGGAAUUCUUCGCUUCCUGAAAGGUUCUGAAAGAUGCGGAAGCGUUGUCCAAUGGUGGAGGACGUUGAAAGGGCUUCCAUUCCUCCCCACGGAAUACUUUCACCACGUUGAAGCGAUGAGGAGGCCACCCGUAGAGCGCGAACAUCCUGCGUACGGGCCGUGCAAGAAGUUUUUAAACUACUUGCGGAACACCUGGCUCGACGGGCCAUUCAAGACAAUGUGGUGCAAGUAUAUGGUAGAUGUCCAGCGAACAACCAACACCGCCGAGAACUACCACGGAAGGCUCAGGAAAAUUCUCGGCAAGAAACAUCCACCCCUAGCGCAGCUGAUACUGGCCUUCCGCAGCUUUACACUUGUGGCAAAGGGGACUUUGGCAAGAAUGGAAUUGAGGAGGAGCGAGCCCAAGAUGCUUAGAAAAAGGGACAGGAUAAGAAGGGAGAAGGUUGAAGGCGCCAUGGCCUCAUUUGCGACACUUCGUAGUGAAAAUCUCCUCGAUACCGUCACGGUGGAGGAGUAUCUACGAAGAAUGUCCAAGUAUACAUCGGACAAGGCAAUCUAA